GAACUUUUUUGUAGUCCUUCCAGCUGGCAAGAUCAUAAUUAAAGAACUAUACAGUACAUCUAAACGCAUCUAAAAAUACAUCUGUUGCUGAACGAUUCCAACGGUUUACACUACUAACGGCUGCAACUUGUGUAUAUUUUUUAAUUCAUAACCUUAGUACUAAAACAACGAAAACAUGUCAAAUGAACACGAAGAAGAUGGAGCAUCCAUUUCAUCGUUUAAAGAAAUUUUGGAUGAUUUUAUUGAUGUUUCUCACAUGGAUUUUGAUAAUCAGGAAACAUGGUUAUUAGAUGUUGACUCAGAAUUGAAAGGUAUGGAUAACCUCCAUAUAUGGUUAACAACAUCUUUGGAUACAGAGAAAAUGUAUCAUGACUCGAUACAUGAUAGUAAAAAAUAUAUUGAUACACGAACUUGGACAAGACCAAAGAAAAAAUUCAGUAGAUUAAGUUUUGAAUCGAUAAUUGAAGGUAAUUCAUCAAAUUCUUCAAUAAAUAGUGAAAUUCCAUAUUUUAAUAACGAAACGUCACGUAUAGAAAUUAAUUUAAAUGAAAAAACAUCAUCUAUACCACCAAUUUUGAGGCCUGCUACAUUAGGUCCUUGUUCAUCCACUUUAACAAGUGGUCAAGAAAGUUUAGAAGCUUUUUUAAAUAUGUCACAAACUAAAGGAAUUGAUUCAUUCAUUAAUAUGGAAGCUCCAGAGUUCAAUGAAACUCUAGUUGGUAAUUCUAAAUCUUUCUGUAGUAAUAAUUUUUCAAUUAAUGAAGAUUCUCAAAUAAUGAAUCAAAGUGUUGGAAUGGCUGAUUCACAAAUUUUGACUGAGUCAAUGAUGCAGACUAGUAUGUUUAGUGAUGUAUCAGAUAUGAAUAUCAAUGAUGCUUUUGCUCGAGAUCUUUCUAACUCUUCUAUUAUAGAAAAUCCGAAUUAUGCUAAACCUUUAAACGAUACUGUUAUUAAAAGCAGAUCACAAAGUAAUUCACCGCUAAAAUUCAUUGAUGCGACAUUUACUACUGAAGAACUUAACCAAGCUCUGGAUUCACAUUCAUUUGUCAUUAAUAAUGAUACUUUUGAUACUAAUUCAGCUGAAAUUAAUCAUUUAAGUUAUAUUAUUACGAGUGAUAUCGAUGGUAAAAAUGAUCAAAAUAUAACACAAAUUAAAGAGAAUAAAAAAGAGAAUUUAAAUUCUACUUUCAAUUCGGAGCAAUUUUUCAGUGAUAAAUGUGAGGAAAUGAAAUUGGAUACUACUUAUAUUUCAAAUAAAGAUGAAAAUUCAGCAAAUAGUCUCAAUUCUACUAUAAAUAUAUCUAAGAAUGAUUCAAAAUAUCUUAAAGAUAAUACAAAAUCUAAUCUUGAAAUUACUCAUGAUAUUGAUGACAUAGAAAAUAAAUGUUUAAAUUCAACAUUUACUUCGGAUGUUCAAAUUAAUCGCCGAAAAACGUUUAAAAUUGAGCCGCAAGAUCUCGAAAAGAAGAGUGAACCUGUUAUAUCAAUGGCAAACCGUUUUCAAACAUAUCGUAAAAGUAAUGCUACUAAUCAAGUGAAAAAUCCUACUCGUUUUACAACAAUCUCCAAAGAUUUUGAAGAUAAUUCUAAUGCAGAAAAACAAGUGAAAUCAUGUGAAAAUCUUUUAGACAUAAGGAAAACAUCACAAAUUUCUAAAACGUUAGAAUCGAACAGAAAUUUAUCUCGAUUACCACAGCAUUUACAAAAGUCUAAUCCAAAUCUCAUUUCAAACUCUUUGAAAACUGUUAAUUCAAAUAGAAUGUCACAUUUUGGCUUCGUUAGGCCAAAACAAGUUAAAAAUAAUGAGCCAUCACUCACAAGAAAAGUAUAUUCAUUAGCUAAGUUAAAAAAUGGAUCAGAUCAACGAUUAACAGCUCCAAAAGUCGAGUUGGCUUUUUCAAAAUCUGGUGGAUCAACUGAAAGUAUUGAAAGCACUCAAUCUGCAGCCAGUGCUCCUGAUUUAGACGAUAGAUUAUCCGUUUGUUCAGAUGGAAGUAAUUCCUGUAAAUCAGGAUUAAAUGUAGAAAGAGUUCAUAACUCUAUUCAAAUGGACUCAGGAAAUUUAAAAAAUAGAACUGAAAUAAGAAAAUCGUCUGAUAAAAGUUGGUAUUCUAAUGAAAAUGAUCUUCCAUCACCAAUUCUUAAGGAUGGAGAGUAUUACGGAAGUCGAGGUAGUUCUCCAAGAAGUGCUGAUUCAACUGUUAAAACUAGUUCACCCAUUCUUAGUCCUGCUGAAUCUUUACAAUCAAUAAAUACUACAGUAGCUAUUAAUCCUGAAAUAAAGACGGUUAAAAGUCAGCCAGAAAGUCUUCCAGAUAAAAAUAUAAUUGCAGAAAAACUGAAAAACAGAGAAAUAAAAUCAGGAAUUCGACCACCGAGUGCGAGAGGCCUUAGUGGAAUCCCACGACCAGCAUCGAGGAUCCCAGCACCUAGAUUUUCGAGACCAAGUUCGAAUAAAAUUUGAAUUUUAUACAAGUUGAUAGUAAUAACAAUUAUAAUUUAUCAUAAGUGAUUUAAAAAAAAUUAAAAAUUUUAUAAAUUAAUAUAAUACUGUCGAAAAGACAUCAAUUAAGGUACUAAAAAAAGAAUAAUUAACGCCAAAAUAUCACUGCCACGGGAGGAUUCAAAGAUAAUUUGUUAAUUUAAAAAAAGAACACAAAUGUUAUAAAAAUGAAUAUAUAUUUUAUUAUAACCAUUGCUUCGUGAGCAAUUAUUUUUUAAUCAUUUGUAUAAUUGAUAAUUCAAAAACAGUGAUUUCCUAUCGGCAUAUCUUAUUGAAAUAAAACAGUUAUAAUUAUUAAAAAAAAGUAUACAAUGGUUAAUACAAAAUAACAUUAAGUGUAGAUAUAAUUAUUAAAUAUGAUUAUAGUUUGAAAUUCCCUGCAGUAAUAAAUUAAUGAGAAUUGAAAAUUAAUGUAAAUAUAAUAGGAAAUACUUAAAAAAUAAUUCAACAAUUGUUAUAAUCUGAUAUAAAAGGUUGUGGAAGCUUACAUAACUUAAGUGCCUUUCUAAUGCUCUAAAAACAUAUGAACAAUCAAAUUUUAUAAGCAAUUGGAUAAACACAAAAAAAUAUAGUAAGAAACUAAUUGAAUUGAGAGAGAAAGUCUUUUUUAUAUUUGCAGAAUGUUUGUAACAAUAAAAUAGUUCUAAUAUUCAGUGGUUUUUUAUAUUAAAUUUAUAAUAAAUUAUUAUUUUGAAUUGA